UUUUGGGGUGUCAUAAAUGCACACAAUCACACACAACCACCACACAUACUUGUGUUUAAUUUAUUACAGCAGUAAUCAGUUGAAAAUACAAUCAUUCAUAAAGUGGCUGUAUAUAACAAAAAAAAAAAAAAAAAAAAAAAAAACUGCCAAAACUGCUUAUGAGGAAAGUACUAAAAAUUCUCUUGUACAGUUCAGGGGGACUUUUGGCAUUCAAAUAUAUGUUGGUUUUUUUUCCCCCCUGUAAAAAUGUUGUGCCGUCUUUGAUACUUAACGAGAGAAUGCUAAAAUAAGUAAAAGAGUUAGACUAAUUGUAGAAUUAAAAUUUACAUUCAAAAUCGAAAAAGCAUACAUAUUAAUCACAGGACGAUAGCAUGCACUAUAGUAUAAGGUAUAAUGCUACAUUUAUACCCACAGCAAAGAUUCAACAGAAUGCAAAUUAAAUCAUGAAUACCAUGUGACCCUUUGCAUUCAAUCUGCGCAAAGAAAUUUUUAUUUUGGCGUAAUUAAAAAAUAAAAAUCGUAAGAUAAACAACUCGCGUCAUAUUAAUCCGCGAGACAUUCAGCGGUUUCAUCCUCUCAGAGCAAUAGUCCUUCGGUUCACACCAUUACUUAACAAAACACUUAAAAAAUUAAGCAAAAUAGUCGAUAUACGUGUUCUCUAGAUAAAACAUGAGUUUUUAUAUGAUUCACAAUACAUUAUAAAACCGAUUAAGCGUUUAUCCCACUCGUCUUUUCCCCAUGACGGAUAAAUGAGUUCCGGCCAACUCUGAGGACAGGAAGCGAGGAGACGCUGAUGGCGCCCGACUAGAAAGCAUAGCAACUAUUCGCUUUCAAAGAUUUAUUUAUUUCGCCUUAUUCGCGAGCUUGAAGAGCAAAACAGACGUCCAUUUACGAGCAGAGAUGGAUUCUGAUGACAUGGAGGUGGAGAGCAGCAGUGAUGUGGGGCAUUCUGGGAUGGAGGAGCCGUCAGAAAGCGGCAUGGGCAUGGAGUCUUCAGAAGCCAUGUCAGCCGAUAGCAGCGAUGCAGCCGCUCCUCCUGCCGCCACGGCCCCAGAAUCAGACUGUCACGUAGGACAGAGCUCAGAGGGACUUGUGGUGUUUAUCCCAGAGACAAGCUCCAGUACAGAUGUCCAAAGAGUUCAUCUCCCAGACUCCUCUUCUGUCGCCCAGUCAACCAGUGUGUCCAGCGUCUCCACGGUGACACAAUCGGUCCUGGUGUCGGAGUCUGUCCAGGUCCUGGUGCACUCCAGUGCUGUUUCUGAAGGAGGGAUGAUGGUUUCUGAUUCCACUGCUUCAACCUCUUCAGAUCUUGGCUCAGCUAUUGAUAAGAUCAUUGAAUCCACCAUUGGACCUGACAUUAUGAAUGGAUGUAUUGCAGUUACAAGCGCAGAGGACGGCAGUGCAGAGACUACACAGUAUCUGAUACUCCAAGGUCCUGAUGAUGGAGCUCCUAUGGUGGCUCGGAUGUCUUCCUCUGCGCUGUCGAACCGCAUUGCCAUUGAAGCCCUUGCAGAUGGACCCACCUCCACUUGCCUGGACCAGGCAGACCUGUCAGAAAACCCGCAGGGCAGCGUGGAACCCGACCAGCCUGGACACUCUGGAUACCGUGAGCACGACGACAGCAGCAGCAGCUGCAGCCGCCCAGACCAGCCUCAGCACUCCCAGUACAUAGAAUGCAGUGGAGGAGAUGACCCAGACCAGACCAGGGAGGCUCGGUACAUUGAGUGCUCAGGAGCCGAACCAGACCAGACCUCACGUCAUUCUGGGGUCACCGGCUACAACGUGGCUGACUCGGAAGAACCUCUACGGGGUUAUGCAGCAGAGUGCAGCGGAACGAACGGUAGCCCUCAGAGACGCUCGUUUCGCUCCUCUCGCUAUGUCGUAGAGUGCAGUGAUGGGUUUUUGGAGUACGAUGCAGAGAGGGCGGAGCAGCCACAGCAUUCACGUUAUAUCGACAGUAGCAUGGAUGAUAGGGAGCACGUCUCAGCCUCGGAGCAGGAAGGAAGUGUGGUAGAAGAGCCCCAGCACUCCUACAUGCCGCAGGGCUCACUAUAUGCCGAUGAGGGCACUGUUCGCCACUCCCUGGCUGACACAAUGGGGUCCCAGCUCACCGAUCAAAUGGACUGCAAUGAUAACUUGCCUGGCCCAUACAUAAGUAGCAGUGGGACCUAUUCCACCCACCCAGAGCCUGAAGCAGUGGAGUCUGGGGUGGUGGUUGAGUCCGGGCACAGAACCCCAGACAUGGCCGAACUGGAGGAAAUGAUGGAAGUUGUGAUCGUACAGCAGUUUAGGUGUAAGAUGUGCCCAUAUAAAAGUGUCUCUAAGGAUACGCUCAUCAACCAUAUGAGAGACAAACACUUUAAACCAACAGGUGUUCCAGGCCAAAAGAAACGUGGACGGGGACGUCCUCGAAAGGCCGAAAGCAAAGCACGAGCGGUCGCAGCGGUCAAAAAGGAGGAGCCGCCAGAAGAGGAAGAAGAUGACAUCAUUGAUGCGGGCGCUCUUGAUGAUCAAGGUGACAGUGAUUACAAGCCAGCUGAAGAAGAGGCCAGGCCCAAAUUGGCUGCCAGUCACACCACUCCUCCUUCCUGCUCUUCAUCAUCUUCCUCUACCUCACGGAAACGUCCCCGCAGGAUGGUGGGGCCACCCCGCAAAUUCCUUCCUGAGUCAGAGUCACCAGCAGUGUCUCAAACAAACAAUGCAGAGGACCCUCAGGCUCCUGAAGAAGCAAGUUCCUCUGGAUUGGAGAAUGGAACUUCCUCAUUAUCCAAUGGGACGGCAGCGGAACCAGGCGUCAGCCAGUCAGAUUCAGAGAACAAAGAUCCCUCAUCAAACACAAGCCCUGAUGACCUGGAAUUUUUGCCCAAAAAACGAGGCCGGCCUUCAAAACGUUUUCUUCAGAAGAAGUACAAAAAGUACAUGAAUCGCAAUAAAUACUACAGAUCUCUUAAGCCUCUGCUGAGGCCUCAUAACUGCUGGAUCUGUGGCUCUCGCUUUCUGUCACAAGAGGAUCUCAGAUUCCACGUGGAUUCUCAUGAGGGAAACGACCCUGAGCGCUUCAAGUGCCUGCAGUGCAGCUACCGCUGCAAACGGUGGUCCUCACUGAAGGAGCACAUGUUCAAUCAUGAAGGUACAAAACCUUACAAAUGUGAGGUAUGUGAUUACUCCAGUGUUUACAAGAAAGAUGUGAUCCGGCAUUCAGCCGUCCACAACAAAAGCAAGAGUCGGAAGACAGAUAUGUCUUGUGGAAAUCCUUCACAGGUUCCCAAAGUGUCCGAGUUUCCAUGCCCCAUCUGCUGCCGCGUGUACCCCAUGCAGAAACGCCUGACGCAGCACAUGAAGACACACAGCACGGAGAAACCUCACAUGUGUGACAAGUGUGGGAAAUCCUUCAAGAAGCGCUACACUUUCAAAAUGCAUCUUCUCACGCACAUACAAAACUGUGGCAACAGCACGUUUAAGUGUGAGUUUUGUGAGUACACCUGCAAUGACAAGAAGCACCUGCUCAAUCACCAGCUGUCCCACACCAAUGACAAACCUUUCAAAUGUGAAGAGUGCAAAUACUCCACGAGUAAAGAGGAUUUCCUGGUGUCCCACAUUGCUAUUAAACACACUGGUGAAAAGCCCUUCUCCUGCGACAUGUGCCACUUCACAACAAGACAUAGAAAGAACCUGCGGCUGCAUGUGCAGUGUCGCCACCCCGAGGCCUUCGAUGAGUGGAGUCGAUCCCACCCAGAGGAGCCAAUUCGUCGACGGCAGACACCCGUUUUCACCAUGGAGGAGAUUGAGGAGCUGAAAUUACAGCAAGAAUCCCAGGGAUUUCAGGGGACCAUUGUAACGGUAAACCCCAUUACUCUCCAAACCAUGGAGUCCAUAGGGAACACAUCUGUAUCCCAAGAUGCACUGGGAAACACUACCAUCAUUUAUGAGCAAGCCCAGACUACAGACCUCUCAGCCCAGAAUGCUCUAGAUCUGUUGCUAAACAUGAGUAACGCCAGAGAACUGCAGACUCUUCACUCUUCUCAGGUGGCGGUGCUAAAAACAGACGGUAAGACUCUAGAGACGGGAACGUGGCCCGGAGCUGGCUCUGGGAGUGAGCCUCAAAAGAUCGUCACCUUCCAUGUGUCAGAAAAUGGGGACACUCUGGUUCAGGAGGCGUUUGAGGCGGCUACAGGGGCCGUGGAGCAAGAGGAGACAACUGGUGUGUCGCAGGAAGUGACACAGAUUGGCAUCGGUACAUACGAGGGAGCAGAUUUCAGUGUGGUUGAGCAGGCCUCCGACGAGACGGCACACAGCAGUUUAGAGGAGCCUUCAGCAGAGCCUCAGGUCAUGGAAGUGAGCACGGAGCCCUUGUCCAUCUCUACACCUCUCAAAGAGAAUAAAGAGAAGUUUUUCCUGAGCUCAGGCUUGACUGAUGGAGUCCUGCAGCAGGUAGAGCUAAGCAGUGAAGCUCCAGGUUCCCCUUCCCUGUGUCCAUCGCCCCCUUCUCAACAGUUCAACACCAAACGCUUCUCCUGUCGCAUCUGCAUGGAGGCUUUCCACGGCCGCUCGGACAUGGAGAACCACAAGAGGGCGCACAUAGACCCCAAAACAUUCAAGUGUCCAGACUGUGACUUUACAGCACCUUCUUGGCCAGAAGUCAAGUCUCACAUGGCCAUGCACGCAUAUUUGAGACCUCAUAAAUGCACCAGCUGCAGUUUUGCUUCUAAAAACAAGAAAGACCUGAGACGCCACAUGAUGACACACACCAAUGAGAAGCCUUACGCCUGUCAGGUCUGCGGCCAGAGGUUUAACCGUAACGGCCAUCUAAAGUUUCACAUGGAAAGGCUUCACACUCAGGAACCUUCGCCCCGUAAAACCCGCUCUGUCCCCUCUCAGCAGACCAUCAUCGUUAACAGCGAUGAAGAAGCUUUAGCCACACUACAGAAUCUGCAGGCGGGUCAGACAGUCAUCAGUCCGGAGAGGUUGCAGCAGGCUUUGGGUCAGGAACACAUCAUUGUGGCCCAGGAUCAGUCGCUUUCUGACCAGGAGGAGGCGACAUAUAUUCAGCAGAUCACAACAGUAGAUGGACAGACGGUACAGCACUUAAUGACUGGAGACAAUCAGGUCACUGAGGUCCAGUAUAUCAUCUCUCAGGAUGGAGUUCAACACCUUCUCCCACGGGAAUAUGUGGUGGUAUCUGACGGAAACCACAUUCAGAUGGAGGAUGGGCGGAUCGCUCACAUUCAGUACGAGCAUGAUGGGACGUUUCUGCAGGAGCAACAGAUUGCUCUGUCUCAGGAUGGACAGAUCCAGUACGUCCCCAUCACUGGCGAGCAGCAGGUUGUCGCCCCUGAGGACCUGGAGGCAGCCGCCCAUUCCGCUGUCACUGCUGUUGCAGACGCAGCCAUGGCUCAGGCUCAGACGGUUUACACAGAGGCCACACCUGAACAACUGGAGCAGCUGCAACAGCAGGGCAUCCAGUAUGACGUCAUCACUUUUACCGAGGAGUAAAAACAAGACACACACUUUGACUAUUAUUUAACAGCACCGACACACAGACAGAGCAUCUGCGGCUCGUCUCGAGUACAGAUGACUGCAGUGGACAUCACAAACUCUGACGAGUUAUUCCACAGACUUAAAUUAGCAAGAGGGUGAAUGUACAGUUAGAUCCUCUCUGCAAAUUAUACAACUUAUGCCAUUGUAAAUAUUUAGAGCAUUUAUCUUUGUGUGCCUACAGUGUUUUGCCUUGUAAAGAAAAAGAAACACGAAAGCUGAGAGCAGCCUGUAUAGAGAAUCCUGUAUAUAAUUCUACAUGUUGCUGUGAUGUAAUAUGGUGAAUGCUACUUCAAAGACAGUGUGUAAAUGGUAGACUGGAGGAUUGACGUUAACAUUGUUAUGAAACACUUCCUAGCUGUAGCUAAAGUGCUUAUAAAGGAGGAUUGAUCAUUUGUUUUCAUUUUAUGUAAAAUGUGCUGUUUCAUCUUUAGCUUUUUAAGUUUUAAAGAUUUGUUUUUCUUUGAGAUGGCUGCUGAAAGGAAUGCAUACCAAAUAAAUCGCAACCUCUUUAUCUAAAUCUAUCAUUGAUAUUCUUAGUGUCAUCAUUUUAUUAUAUUCUACAGGUUUUACAAAGCAAUACAAGGGAACAGAACAUAACAGAAUAUAAAACGGUAUGUGGUAUGACAUUAUUUAUGCUUUGUGUACAUUAUUAAGACAUCUUGGACAUCCCAAGCUGUGUCAGGUUAAAAAAAAUUUCAGAUGAAGAGCCAGUCCAGCUUUUUAGAGAACGUCUGGAUUAAAUGGAAAUAUUUCUUUAACCCAUAUUUUAAUAGUUUUGAAGUAGUUUGCUGUAAGUUUGAUCAGUCGGAGUGCUUCCGCUUUGUGAACAAUAGAGGAUGAGUUGCUUCCCUGUAUGAAGGAAGAAUAUUCAGCAAUAAUUACAAAGGAGAAUUUGAAGUAAGAAUUACAGAUCCGAGUGUAAUGGAUGCUGGCAUAUACAGAUGUGGUGUCACAAUAUACCCUGACACCUAUGAAAGUAUUGAAGUUACAGUUUCUGGCUUAAAAGAUCUCAGUGGAGUAAAUACAGCUCCUCUCUCGGCAAAAUCGUCCAUCAAGCCAGCAGUCUGGAUGUCAUCUUCUCCAUCUAUAGUCAUUGUUUCUGAGAACGAUGCAGAGAAACUUGGGUAAAUUUUGUCACAUAGCCUAUAUGAAUUUGACAUUACUGUUUCAGUGUAAAUGAUGGUUGGAAAUUGGAAAUCAUGAUAUUUAUCACACUUAUUUUAUUCUAUUGACAGUCAUAGUGUACACAUCUAACAACAAUACUCCUAAUGGUGGGUAGAACAAAAUAUAUUGACUUAGAUGAUAUAAAAUUGGAUAUAAUUUUGUGCAGAUAUGGUUAAGAUAACAUGUAAUGUUUAAACAUUAUAUGGUUGCUCAUAUGCUGAGAGAGCCGUCGAAAAUAAUUUUCUGAUAUGUUUGAAAACAUGCCACUUGUACUGAAAUCAAAAUACUCAAUUAACUGUUUGUGGUGGUAAAGAAAUAUCUGGCUUCAUUACUGGGUGACUGGCUUGAUUAAUACAUUUGAAUAACAUCAUUUUGACCGAGAAACAAGGCCACACUUCCUUUUCCUGUCAGUUGUUCUUCAUGGUCUUAUAUUUAGAUUGUUUGUUCCUCAAUUUGUAACAUAACUAAGUUCUCCACAGUCAGUCCAGCUUUAGAGAACAUUUGAACUAUUAGAGAGGAAAAUGAAGCUGAUUUUCUUUCUUCUUGUGCUCUUGAAGAACGGUGAGAAUGGUUCUUGUUUUUUCUCUGUUCUUUUUAAAAGAUUAUAGAGCUAAAUCUGUUAUUAUACUGAAAGCAUUACUAGGAUUGUAUGUAAUUUAAAUUUAAUAGCAAUUUUUUAUUAUUAUUUUAGCUAAAUUUAAAAAUGUUUAUGGAUUAACCUUCAUUCAAUUUUUAUUAAUGAAAUAAAUAAAUAAUUUUCAUAAUAACACUACAAAUAAAAUACAACAUUUGAAGCAGCAAUAAAAUAUCAAUAAUGUUCAGAAAAUGUUUUACAGGAACGGAUCCAACUGAAGGACUCGAUGUGCUUUAUUUAUCAGGGCAAAUUAAUUUAAAUUAUUACUUUCAUUCAUCUUAUGAUAGUUUUGAAAAAGUUUGCUGUAAGUUUGAACAGUCGGUAUGCGUCCCCUUUGUGAAUAGUAGAGGACAAGUUGCAUCUCUGUAUAAAGGAAGAAUAUCCAUCAGUAAAAACUAUAGACAUUUUCAAGUAAGAAUUACAGACCUGAGUGUAAUGGAUGCUGGUAUAUACAGAUGUGCUGUCAAGAGGUACCCUUACAGCUAUCAAGUUGUUGAAGUUACAGUUUCUGACUUAAAAUAUUACAGUGGAGUAAAUACAACUCCUCUCUCACCAAAAUCAUCCACCAAGCCAGCAGUCUGGAUGUCAUCUUCUCCAUCAACAGCCACUGUUCCUGAGGAGCCAGAGAAACUCAGGUCAAUUUUGUCACAAAUAUGAACCCCUUACAAUUCCAACUCUUAAUGCUCAUUAAUCUGUGUACCACUACACAUUAAGCAGUGACGACUGGAGAACAUUCUACACACUCGCUGCUGUUUUAAGUGUUCUGAUGUUUGCUGUCAUGUCAAUGACACUGCUUGUGUGUCUUCUAAAGACCAAGAAGAAAAAAUCCACAG